AUGGACCGGUAUUUCACGGCUUCUCUAUCACCACGUCUAAAACUCAGGAUCAAAAAUGUUGAAAGGAUAGCUCCUGGAUACCCAGCAGGAUCUUACCCACAUUACCCAGAAGGAGGCUCUCCGAAUGCCCCCUACCCCAACCAGCAGUCUAUGCUGUCAAGACCCCAGCACGAGGCUUGGUCCACUCGAGGGUAUGGAACCACGCUGCCUCAGCAGCAAUGGCCUUCUGAUUCCCAGACACCCCAUAGCCACUAUGGCAGUCAUGUACGACCACCACACCCCCCUCCAUGGCAAGGACCCGCACCACCUCCAUAUGAACACAAGGAUCCACCAUAUCAAUGUCAGCCUCAUAUUCAACUUAGAAACCAGUCUGCAGGCUCCAAACCACGUGUGAGCACACCAAACUCAUCUGCACUUCCACCCAAACCCACCCAGUUCAGCAGUCCACCUCAAAUCUACAAGACUUCCUCUGGCGUUGGAGGACUCGAACCCAAACCUGUCCAGAUUGAACAACCUCCUAUGUCUUCUCCUCCAGCGUCGUCCAUGCCUGCUCCACUAAAAGAUCAUUCCAGCCUGGCUCGAGUUCAUCUGAUUCUGGCCAGAGUUCAGCUUCUUCAAGAGGACGUGGAUGAGUUUGUGGGAAAAAAGACAGACAAGAGCUAUCGAUGCCUGGAGGAACUGUUGACAAAGGAGCUGCUAGAGUUGGACUCGGUGGAGACCUACGGGCAGGACGUUGUUAGGCAGGCUCGCAAAGAGGCUGUUCGGAGGAUCCAGGCCAUCUUGGAAUGUCUUGAGAAAAAGGCUUUCUAAUAACAGGGUGGAUUGAUGAUGAUCUCUUUUUUUUUUAUGGUCUUUCCUCAUAAUUGCAAUUAGGAUGUUCACAUUUUACCAGUUUGUUGGAUUUGCCAGUUUGUUGUUUUUGGAUCGUGUAGCCCUAAUGGUUUUUUUCUAGUAAUACAGGCACAAAAUACAGUCACUGCAGUGCCAUACUCAGAACCAGACAUUUGCGAUCCAGCAACAAAAAGCAGUGAUCUACUCAGAGGUUUUCUUGUGUAACACCUUUCGAUUUAUUGAGUCUACAUACACUGAAGGGAUACAACAGAGCUAAUUCAUCUACAUUUUGAAGAAUUGUAGAGUUUUUUUUUUGUUGUUGCACAUCUUCAAAAAUGAGGACUCCACUCAUUUUAUUCUUGAAAUUUAGUUUAUUACUGUGAUUACACCAAUCCAUUCUUGAUAUUAUUGUAAAAUAACUGUAUAACUAAAUAAAGACAGUCAUUUUUAAUAACUCAUAA